AUGAAAGGACUCAGGCAGGAGGUGCACGACGUUGAGGCGCGCCUCUCGGCCCCGCACAAUAGGUCCUUCUCCCUUGCGCGCCUUGCAAGCAUCGCUGCGACCGGGGGUUUGCUGCUCGCAGGCUAUCACUACAGCUUUCUGGGAAAUAAGGAUUUCGGAGAACUGCCUCCCGCACCGCACCGCUCGGCUGUGGCCAGUUUUCAGAAAUGUGCAAUCGACAAUCUACUCAAUACAGGUCUUCCUUUCCUUGAAAAUGCAUCUCCCAUCUCUCUCCCGGACUUUGAAGAUCGACGUGACCGCCUGGCCAAUGCGCUGGUAGCCGAGGGAGUUGAUGCCUUUGUGGUCGAGCCGGGCUAUACUUUCAAAUACUAUGGCAAUGUGAGCCAGCCCGAGUGGGAAGUGUGGGAGCCCGAAGAACGGCCUUUCUUGAUGAUUGUGCGCCCUCAGCAGGAUGAAGAGUCGGGCAAGAUCACGGCCAACACGACCUUUUUAUGCCCGUCCUUCGAGGCAGAGCGGGCACGACUUCUAGGAAUGCCUUUUGCCAAUUCCAUCCAGAUUGUCCCAUGGGAGGAACAUUGGAACCCGUACACUACGCUACAGCAAUCAGGCGUGUUUGGAGAUUUGCAUCGAGUCCCGCGAUUGAUGGUCGAUGAAGAAAUGCGUGAUUUCAUCCAGCGCGGCCUGGCUACCGCCGGAUUUGACGUCGUUGGACUGCAAGGUCGCGUCGAACAAGUGCGACAGAGCAAGUCUGAUAAGGAAGUUGAAAUUCUUCGCGCCGUCAACACGGGAACCGUUGAAGCAGUGCGGCAAGUAAGGAAAUGUGAGUUAGUCACCCGUCCCUACAAGUGGAAGCAGCUGUUCAUAUUCGUCACAGGCUUGUAUCCAGGCUUGACGGAGACCAAUAUUGCCGAAGCCCUCGACAAUGCCCUGCGGGCUGCGGGUAUGGAACCCUUCUUCGAUAUAGUUCUUUUUGAUGAAAACGCAUCUAAUCCCCACGGUGGCACCAAUGGUUCCAAAGUGCUGGAACCAGAGACAUUUGUACUUAUUGAUGUCGGGGCACACCUCUAUGGCUACUCGUCCGAUAUUUGCCGCACAUUCUUCCCUCCAUUCCUGGAAAAACCGGCCCAGGGGGAGAAGCUGUCUCCUCGGAUGGAGGAGAAGCUCAAGGUGUGGGAUGUCGUGUUUGAGGCUCAAACACGAUCGAUUAACCAAAUGCGAGAAAACUACACUGCGGCCAGUGUCGAUAUUGCUGCUCGAGAGGUUAUCAACAAUGCUGGUUAUGAGGGAACCUUCACACAUCGUGUCGGCCAUGGCAUCGGGAUUAAAGCACAUGAGAGUCCCUAUUUGCACAAAGGGAACGUGGAAACCCUACUCAAAACAGGUAUGACUUUCACAUCGGAACCUGGCGUGUACUUGGUCGACAAAUUUGGAGUCCGACAUGAAGACAUACUUCUCGUCCAAGGAGAUGGCGAGCCCGAGUUACUGACAGGGCAGCGAGCUGUUGGACCUUGGGAACCAUAG